AUGAACGAAUGGGUGUUGAAAAAAUGCUCUACUUCAAAUUUGAGUCAGUCUAUAUCGAUCCAAUUCUACCAAAGGAUAUUGAAGUGUGCAAUUUUUAGGAAUAAAUUAAAUUUAAUUUGUUCGUAUAGUGAACUCCUGAAAUUUCUGAUGCAAAAUGGGAGGAGUAAAGAGUUGGUAGAUUUCAAGGUUUACAUUCACUCGAUUAUCCAGGAUGGCUAUACUUGUGCUUACUACAAAGACCACGGAGCCAUAAAUAUCCUUUUACAGAUAGUGCACUCUUGGAAGGAAUUAUUCGUCACUAAUUUUAAUGAGACGAAGAUGCUACUAAGUGUGUUUCAUAAUGAAAGUGCCAAUGGUAAUAAUGGCUCUGCUUGGGGAGACGGAGGAAGGCACAUCGAUUCGUAUCACCAGGGAAUACCAGAUCUGUCAACCUUCAGCCCAAAGGGGGGAAUGGGAGGUGGCCCCCAUAGUGAGCAGGGCUAUAUGGAUAGUCACCCCCAAAGAUAUGCCACAGAUUUUGAGAGAGGGAAAUAUGGAGAUAUAGGCUAUUUCAACGGAAGGAAUAUUCCACCGCCCCCUACCAACGUUCUUCUUCCUCCCCCCCUCCCCCUCCUCCACCUCUUUUCCCAUCUA